AUGCAUUUCUCAACAAUAAUCUUCAUAAUCGUUAUUGUUGUCGUUUUUGCUCUGGGGGUUCUUAUAGCCAUAUCCAAUGGAUGUGCGACUGGUGUCGUUAUAGGAGGAGGUGGCAGUGGGGGUACUGAAGGCGGAGGUGGUGUUGGUGGUGAUGACGGUGACUGUGAAGGCGGAGGUUUUGGUGGAGGCGGUGACUGGGGAGGCGGAGGUGGUGGUGGAGGCGGUGGCUGUGGAGGUGGUGGUGGAGGCGGAGAAUGA